AGGUGCUUCAGUCAGUGAGGAGCGACUCCAGCAACACUCCUGUUCUCUGGUCCUCUCUAACUCUCUCAGCAAAAUGUCUCACGAUUAUUUCGGAUUCUCCAGGAUUUUGCAUUCAGAUUUUGGAUUAAUAAGGAGCAAUGCAAGAAACACGGUGGCUCUUAACAAUGCAGCAGAUAUCUCAGUUAUUGUGGUUUACUUUGUAGUUGUCUUGGCUGUGGGAGUAUGGGCUAUGGUACGCACCAACCGAGGUACUGUGGGUGGCUUCUUUCUUGCAGGGAGGAGUAUGGUGUGGUGGCCGAUCGGAGCAUCACUCUUUGCCAGCAACAUUGGCAGUGGCCACUUUGUAGGCAUUGCUGGGACGGCUGCAGCUGCUGGAAUAGCCAUCGGUGGAUUUGAAUGGAAUGCUCUUAUAGUGGUCGUCAUUCUAGGAUGGCUCUUUGUGCCCAUCUACAUCAAAGCUGGGGUGGUCACCAUGCCGGAGUACCUGAAGAAGAGGUUUGGAGGACAGCGGAUUCGCAUUUAUCUCUCUGUGCUGUCCCUCUUCCUGUAUGUUUUCACCAAGAUCUCAGCAGACAUGUUCUCUGGAGCCAUUUUUAUCAACCAGGCUCUUGGGUUGAAUAUCUACCUUGCUGUGAUCAUGCUGCUAUUGAUUACUGCACUGUACACCGUCACAGGUGGAUUGGCUGCAGUGAUCUACACAGACACCUUACAGACCAUCAUCAUGGUUGUUGGAUCAUUCAUUCUUAUGGGCUUUGCUUUCGACAAGGUGGGAGGCUAUGAAAACUUCCAGACCAGCUACAUGGAGGCCAUCCCUUUAAACAGAACGAACAUUAGUGCGGACUGCUACGAGCCUCGGGCAGACUCCUUUCAUAUUUUUAGGGAUGCGAUUACAGGAGACUUGCCGUGGCCUGGCCUUGUGUUUGGACUUACCAUUCAGGCCACCUGGUACUGGUGCACAGAUCAGGUGAUCGUCCAGCGUUGCCUCUCAGCCAAGAAUUUGUCUCACGUUAAGGCAGGUUGUAUCUUAUGCGGCUACCUGAAGCUGCUGCCCAUGUUCCUCAUGGUUUUCCCCGGGAUGAUCAGCAGGAUCCUCUAUACUGAUGUGGUGGCAUGUGUGGAACCAGAAGAAUGUCAAAAACACUGUGGGGCCAGUGUGGGCUGCACCAACAUUGCUUAUCCCAAACUGGUGGUGGAUCUUAUGCCCAAUGGUCUGCGAGGUCUUAUGCUCUCUGUCAUGCUGGCCUCUUUGAUGAGCUCACUUACCUCCAUUUUUAACAGUGCCAGUACUCUCUUCACAAUGGACAUCUACACUAAGAUUCGCCGCUCAGCCAGUGAGAGGGAACUCAUGAUUGCCGGCAGAUUGUUUAUCUUGGCCCUGAUUGGUGUGAGCAUCGCAUGGAUCCCUGUGGUGCAGUCAGCCCAGAGUGGUCAGCUCUUUGACUACAUCCAGUCCAUUACCAGCUACCUCACACCACCCAUUGCAGCUGUCUUCAUGCUUGCCAUCUUUUGCAAACGUGUCAAUGAGUCUGGUGCAUUUUAUGGUCUCAUGAUUGGCCUGUUAAUCGGCCUGUCCAGGAUGAUUUCUGAGUUUGCCUAUGGGACAGGCAGCUGUGUUCAGCCCAGUAACUGUCCCACCAUCAUAUGUGGAGUCCACUACCUCUACUUCUCCAUCAUCCUGUUUGUCAUCUCCUGUGUCAUCAUCCUGGCAGUCUCUCUCAUGACCAAACCCAUCGAAGAUAAGCACUUGUAUCGACUGUGCUGGAGCCUGAGGAACUGUACAGAGCAGAGGGUGGACCUUGAACAAGACGACUGGGUUAACAACCAAGAUUCCAACACUAUGGACAUAGACGAACCAGAGGAGGAGCCAGGCUUCUGCAAAAAGGCAGUGAUGUGCUUCUGCGGCCUGGAGCAGAAAAGUGCUCCUCCGCUAAGUGAGGAAGAGCAAGCGGAGCUGGAGAAGAAGCUCACAGACACCUCAGAGCUUCCUCUAUGGAGGAAUGUGGUCAACGCCAACGCCGUCAUCCUCCUGUGUGUGGCUGUUUUCUGCCAUGGUUUUUUCGCUUAAAUAAACUCGACUGACUCCAAUUGCUCUCGGAUACUGUAAUCUAUAUUUGAGUGGAUCGGAUGGACAUGAUUUUAUAUUCAUUUAAUUUAUGACCACAUGAACUGCUGCACCCUUUUCUCUAAAAUAAGUUAAUGCAGACUCUCCUACAAGUUUGGAAGAUCAGUUGGAAGGUUGGUUGCAAUCUGCAGCUUCACUGCUAGAUGCCACUAAAUCCUACACACUGGACCUUUAAUUCACAUUACACCUAAAACAUUAACGUUAAUAUUGUGCGUAAAUAUUCACAUGUAUUGAAUUGCACAGUUGUCUCUCCUCGUCUUUAUUGUUGCUUUUAUGACUGCAACUGUCUACGUAAAUUAGGAUGACUCAUGGAUGACUUGGGCGUCACCUGAAAAGAGCCACAGGUCUUUAUUCAUGUGAACUUGUUUAGAUAAUCAGAAUGUUUUUAGUUUUGGCAGUAAUGCUGUAAUGUUUGAUCAUGAUGAUGUCCAUUCUUAUUUAAUUCUCAACACUGGAAAUAUAGAUGCAUCUUUAUUGUCUAAUGGACUUUCUAGUUUACAUGUGAGUGAAUGUAUAUGAAUUGUUUUUAAUUCAGGAUGCUGCCUUUAAUCAUAAAAAAUAGAGAUCACGUGAUAUGUUAUGAGAAUUUUUAAGGAAGAACCCUUGAAUAAGGAGGACUGGAUCCGGAGUAUCAAAGUUUAAGUUGAAUUUAUUAUUCUUGUACAAGAA